AUGGGCUCAUCGAUUAAUUAUCCCGGGUUCGUAACAAGAAGCAGUCAUACGGCCGGUUCUGGUACGGACGGAAGCAGUACGAGCAAGGACGCAGCAGGCUCGCAGGAAACGAAGAAGAAUUUCUUCCAGAGAGAUUAUAACACUAUGAAGAAGGCACCUGCUCCAACGAAGUCCAAAUUGUCUUUGGCUUUGCAGACCUCUAAGUCGUCUUCUAGCAUCAAUGGGACGACAUCGGACAGUAUUCCCACGAUGACAGAGGCAUUUUCUACAAGUAGUGUCAGGAAGCAACAGCGCGAGGACACAGAGUCGCCGGUCUCGUUUCAGUCCGAUACAGCGACGAACUCAGACUCGGAUACGGACUCUUCUGUUUCAUCUUGCGAUGAAAGAAAUGAAGAGUCUUUGAAGGAUUAUAGGCCCGGCGGGUAUCACCCCGCAUUUAAAGGCGAGCCUUACAAGGAUUCACGUUACAUCUUAGUGAGAAAAUUGGGAUGGGGGCAUUUCUCCACGGUUUGGUUGGCUAAGGAUACGGCAAACAGCUCCCACGUGGCCAUGAAGAUUGUUAGGAGUGAUAAGGUUUACACAGAGGCAGCCGAAGAUGAAAUUAAGCUCUUGCAAAGAGUAAAUGAUGCUGAUAACACAAAGGACGAUUCCAUAGGAGUUAACCAUAUUUUAAAGCUAUUGGACCAUUUCAAUCAUAAAGGGCCCAAUGGUAUCCAUGUGGUCAUGGUAUUCGAAGUUCUCGGUGAAAAUCUAUUAGCUUUGAUCAAAAAAUACGAACAUAGGGGCAUUCCCUUGAUUUAUGUCAAGCAAAUCUCCAAACAACUAUUGCUUGGUYUAGAUUAUAUGCAUAGACGGUGUGGUAUCAUACACACGGACAUCAAGCCGGAGAACGUAUUGAUGGAGAUCGGAGAUGUGGAAGGCAUAGUUCAAAUGGUCGAAGCCCUUGACAAACAAAAAAGAGAAGCGAAGAGACUGCAAAGGCAUGUUUCGCGGUCAUCGGAUGCCACUACUAAUGACAGCAGUGAUGAAAAAUGGGCCGAAUGUCAAACUACUGUGCCGUUGGUUUCGAACGCGAACUCCAAAUCCCACUCUAUUGAGAAAGACUUAUCGAAAAGAGCAUGCUUCAGAAGGUCAAGGCGUCAUACGAUCAUCACGGGGUCGCAGCCAUUACCUUCCCCGAUUAGCUCCUCAAAUUUUUUUGAAAUGAGGUCGCACUUUUCUGGCAGUAACCAAAAUAGCUUUUCAUCGGUAUCCGGAAAUAGAACCAUGCCAUCUUCCAUCAACAAUAACCAUAGCAUUGGCACAAGGAAUAACAGCAACUUCUUAAAUUCAACACCACAUUCUCUCACAAGAAUGUUCACAAAUGAAAGCAAUAACAAUAGCAAUAACAAUAAUGACAAUGAUAUAAUGAACACACCAUUGCAUGAAGAGCAACUGGCAGACUCUCUUUCUACUUUUGAUAUUUCCAAUAUGUCACAAUCCUCAGAUACAAAUAGUCCAUACAUCUCUAAUACCACGGAUUCAACAUCAAAUGCUAGUACCAACACGAACCCUCCAGAGAACUUGAUUCAGAUCAAAAUAGCCGAUUUGGGUAAUGCUUGUUGGUACGAUGAACAUUAUACUAACUCUAUACAGACAAGAGAAUACAGGUCACCGGAAGUGCUUUUGGGUGCUCCGUGGGGUUGUGGCGCAGAUAUCUGGUCCACUGCGUGCUUGAUUUUUGAAUUAAUCACAGGUGAUUUUCUUUUCGAACCCGAUGAAGGCCAUUCUUACACCAAAGAUGACGACCACAUUGCACAAAUCAUUGAACUUUUGGGUGAGUUACCGUCAUAUCUGCUGAGGAACGGUAAAUACACAAGAACUUUCUUCAAUUCACGAGGGCUUCUAAGAAAUAUUUCGAAAUUGAAAUUUUGGCCUCUAAAGGAUGUUUUAACCGAAAAAUACAAGUUUUCUAAAGAUGAGGCAAAGGAAAUAUCAGACUUUUUGUCACCUAUGUUACAGCUAGAUCCAAGGAAAAGAGCAGACGCAGGCGGCUUGGUUAAUCAUCCAUGGCUCAAGGAUACUUUAGGUAUGGAAGAAAUCCAAGUAGUUGAUAGAGAGUUGUAUGGAAGCGGCUCCGACAUUCCUGGAUGGUUUGAAGAAGUUCGCGACCAUAAAAAGCAUUGA